GCUGUCUUUCUUCUCAUGCAGCAGCCAUUUAAAUGGCGGCGGUGGUAGUAGUUAGAAGAUGAGAAAACGCACCUAAUUUCUGCAAUCCGGUCGGGAGCACGGCGCCGUGCCUAAAUAGAGGAGGCGUUUGGCUUGCAAAAGUUGAGAGCCGCUCUUGCUGACGUCACAGAGAUAGCCGCUCUCGCCUAGUAACGUUGGUGCGGAGUGAGUGUGCGGCUAGCGCGUGUAACGGCAGCCGAAGAGGAGGUGGAAGUGAGCUUUCGUUUUUAUCUUCAGCGUGGGUGUACGCCACAGAUUCAAGGUUGUACGCUCUACUACUCGGCAGCCUUGAAGUUCGCGUUAUCGUCGAAGCCAAUUUUUAAGCGCGACCGGGAUUAUCCCCCGUCAGUUGCAGCUCGCCAUCCUCAACGACAAGAAGCUGAGCAAGCAGGAAACCAUGGCGACCUACACAUUCCGGCAAGAACCGUUGACCACUUGCCCAUACAACCCAGCCCAUCAGGUCAAACGUGGACGACUGCAGAUCCACAUCACGAAAUGUCGAAAGGCGCAUCAGGACAAAGACAUGAAGCAGUGUCCCUUCUCAGCUGAGCACGUGGUGCCCGCUAGUCAGCUCAUGCACCACAUCUAUACGUGUCCACUGAACACAACCGUGGAGCGCUUCCUCACAGCUACGGAAAAGGACAAGCCAACAGGUGAUGUGACCAUGCCGCCGGCUGCCCCAGAUUUUAUAACUGAAGAGAACUGGGACGAAGAAGCCAGCGGUUCGGCCAGCCUAGAAGACAAAAUUCCUAAGCCGGCUGUGGCUCCAGUCUUCAUCAGCGUUCAGCCGAUGGCACCAGCCCAAAGGCGGCACUACUAUGCCUCUCUGUCCAGCAAGUCCAAUGAACUGCUGCCAGGUGACAUGACGCCAAAGGUCUUGCCAACAGCCAAGACUGUAGAAGAGAACGAAGAGGAACUUUUGGACUUGCCGCCAAUGCCAAAAACAGAAUCCAAGGUACUCUUGCAUCUGCCGAUGGAGGCCUUGCACAGGAAGCAAGCUGCAGUGGCUGCUGACGAGAGUGACAGUGAGGACGAAUCUGACCGGCAGUUCAAGAGCAAAGUCUACCACAUGGGACUGGGCCGUGGUUAUGCUUCUGCAGCUGCUGCCAAAGCUAGAGCUCAGCAGAAGACAGAGGAAGAGGCUGAGGCAGAGAUUCAAGCUCGGAUGAGGCUCAUGGGACUCGGACGUGGCAAGCCCCUCCCCCACAACUAGCAAGUGAUUUCCAAGAUGCCUUGAGCAGCGACUGUGCCUGGCACCCUGGACAGGCGAUGGGAGCUAGGCUCUGUCGAGCAGACGACAUGCACUGGCGUAUAAUGUGGAAGUUUUUUUUUAACAAGCAACAUCAUUUGAUGGGACAAGCAUCAGUCAUUCAUCGUCUAGCAUAUUUUUAGUAGUCACGGCAAGAGAUACCUGCAGAAUGUGUGAUAGUACAUCCGCAGUACAUUCAUGUGCAGCCACGAGCUGUUGUGACAUACGCAUGGCAUAGCCCCAUUCAUCCUGUUGUUCAUUCAUAAGUCAUUUUUCAAAGCCUUGUGUUGUCUUUGUAAAAUGUUCUGUUCAUGUGUGAUGUGGCCAAGUCUCAAGUGCCUAAUAAAGAGUUUUGUCACCAUGCAAUGCAGAAAUUUGAUGUGAAACACGCUAAGAAAAGUGUACUCCGGCACCGGACCAUGAAACCUGCUUUGUCAACUUGUGCCUACGUAUGUGGAUUCGUUUUAACAUUGCCAAAACUGAAGUUCUAAUGCUUUUCGAGACGUGUCAACUUAGUUUGCCGCUCUAUACAUGGAGGCUAUUAAACAAUUUGAAUAGGGAUUCAGAAAUUUGAACGAAUGCGUUAAACUUGUGUACUAUUUUGCACCUCUAAAGAGAUUUAAUGCAGCUUCUCAAAUGUACAGCCAAACAGGAAGAUGCCAGUUUUAUAAGUAAAUAAUGCUUUUACCGCUGGAAAUUUCUGGUGACAGUCAUUUCCAAUAAUGGCAGUUACAGAUGUCUUUAUAAAGUGUUUUAAAUGUGUAGUACUUGCUGUUGUAAAACGACGAUUGAGUACUACCGUGUAGCUAAUGCAUCGUAGCACUUGUUGCUUUUUGCUCGACUUGUCUAUUGUCCGGGUUAGCUCAUCAAAUGCCACGUUGUGGAGGCUUUCAAGAAGUUUGGUGAGCAAAAUAUUGAUUCGUACAUCUCAUGGUAGGUUUUUGUCAUUUUAAACAUUUUUGCGAGCCUCUGCACAGCGCAUUGGGGUGGCCUUGAAAACAAAAUACUGGAGAAUGAAAACAUUGCUCAGUGGUCGAACCGUAUACUGACAACCAUGUAAUGGGUUUAGUUUAUUUGCAAGGUUCAGAAGAUGCUCCCUUACCACUUUGCAAACAAAAAUCUCUUCUGGCUGGUACGAAAAAUUCGAACUGAUUGCACCUUCUGCCAGAAGUCUGGCUAUCCUCCAGUGUUGCCCCUGAUGUGAGAGUAUAGCGCAUGAAGUUUUUAGGCACAAAAAAUGAAGCAUAUAGAGCUUGUCAAGUCUGUGUACGACUGCAAAAUCUUCCCACCAGAAAGUGGUGCCAGUUCUAUAGGUCGGCAAAAAUUGAGCUCAGCGCCGGCAGUGUUCGAAGAGCUUCAGGACUGUACUAGUUCAUUUUCUUAAGAUUAUGCGCCCAAAGCGAACAUUAAAAAUCAUUCUGGAACCGAGGUGGCUUCUCAGUUGAUAGACAGCGGACACUGCGUUUGCUGCCAUCAGUGCCAGUGUGUAUCUUUGUAAUCUUACGGUCAAUUUUGCAGCCAUAAGCUUGGCCGAAUAAAGAGUUACUUCUUUGA